UCGGUCAGUCAAAAACUCUCGACCAACAGUCCAGUUGGGGAGAGAAACACCUUCUAAACUGUACAUUUGUGGUCUUUUUCUGAUUUCAUUGUAAACUUUAAUAUGGACUCGGAUAGUGAUGCUCCAAGAGACGGUGUUGCUUCCAUGGAGGAUGACGACGACAAUCAGCAAGACGCACAGUCCCAGCAGGAUGAAGAUGGGAGUCAGGAAGAAGACAUGGAACAAGACAGAAGCCGAUCGGCGUCUCCGGCCGGCAGUGACAGAUCCAUGAAUAGCCCGGCUGCCUCCCCAGUCCGCUCUCAGAGCAGGUCCCCAUCCCCCUCGGCUCGCAGUCGAUCAGCCAGCCCCGGGUCUCGCCACAGCACCCAGGGGAGUGAAGCAGGGGGAUCUCCCCGCCCUGAUGGCCCCUCCUCCCCUGCGGGAAGCGAUGAUGAAGACGACGGCCCAAAGUCUCCUGACGGAAGUGCUCCUGCUUCACCAGCGGGAAGUGAUGGGCCCAGGUCGCCAACAGGAAGUGCCGACGGUCCAGCCUCGCCCACAGGAAGUGCAGACGGACCAGGAUCACCAGCAGGAAGUGCAGAUGAUGGACCGAAAUCUCAGACAAGUGUUGAAGACGCACCAGCUUCACCCACAGGAAGUGCAGAUGGACCAGCGUCGCCUCCAGAUGCCCCCGCGUCUCCCGCAGGCAGUGAUGAUGGGCCAAGGUCACCCGUGGGAAGUGGCGAUGAGGAUGGCCCGAAGUCACCGAUGGGAAGUGACAAUGAUGGCCCGAGGUCUCCUGCUGGCAGUGAAGGACCCAAGUCGCCUGCAGGAAGUGAUGGUGGACCAAGGUCACCCGCAGGAAGUGAUGGUGGACCAAGGUCACCCGCAGGAAGUGAUGGUGGGCCAAGGUCACCCGCAGGAAGUGAUGGUGGGCCGAGGUCGCCUGCUGGCAGUGAAGGGCCGGGUUCCCCUGCUGAUGGGGCAGUCAGUCAAGAAGAAGAAGGGGAGACAACACAACAGGACGCAUCCCGGGAAGGGAGUGUGGCCGGUUCCCCAGCUCAGCGGGAUCGCAGUCGCUCCCGUUCAGGAAGCCGAGCUGGUUCUGCCAAGUCCCGAUCACGGUCGAGGUCAGGGUCACCAGCAAACUCAAAUAGGUCACGGUCGGGAAGUCCGGCUGGGUCGAGGUCAAGGUCGAGGAGUCGAUCAGGCAGCCCAAAGUCUCCAGCAAUCAGCCUGGUGGGUAGCCCGGGGGCUCGCAGCCGAUCUGGUUCUCCUGCCGGGUCAAAUAGGUCACGGUCAGGGUCAAGGUCAAGGUCAAGAUCAAGAUCUCGCUCUGGGUCGCCAGCUCGCAGUCGUUCAGGUAGUCCAAAGUCCCCUCCCAUCAGUCCCGUCGGCAGUCGUUCGGGCUCCCGCGCAGGGUCAAGGUCACGUUCACGGUCAGCCUCUGGCUCGAGGAGGGGUUCAAGGUCACGGAGUCGCUCUGGGUCGCGGCGGAGUGGGUCAGGGUCAAGGUCGCGCAGCCGGUCUGGCUCCCGGGGAAGGUCGAGGUCCAAGUCUCGAUCCAGGAGCCGGUCGGGGUCUCGAGCGAGCUCCGCCGGGUCUGGUGGAAGAGUGUCCGACAAAGAGAACGACAGUGACGACGAAGGGGCAAAGAAGGCUCGGGGUUCAGACGAUGAAAUGAAAGAUGCAGGCAGUGGGGACGAAGGGAACAAAGAAGAAGACAACCUGAUAGCAGACAUUUUUGGGUCGAGUGACGAAGACGAGGAGUUUGAAGGUUUCGACGCUAGUGAGGUGCCAAAGAAAGAGAAGAAGAAGAAAACAGCGAUCAAGUCAGACGACGAAGACGAGGGCGUGUCUGGCGUCCCGGAGGAGGCUUCUGGGGGAGCGGUGCCGGAACUUUCCGAUGAUGAGAAUCUCGAUGAUGUGAGAAAGGACUCCGGUGAUGGAGAACAGUCGUACGCCUCAGACUUUGAUCUCAUGAUGGCCAAGAGAAAGGAGGAGAUGCAGAAACAGCGAAGAAAACGGAAAGACGUUGACCUCAUUAACGAUAACGAUGACCUUAUCGCUGACCUCAUUGUCAAAAUGAAGGAAGCUGCCAAUCAUGACCGAGAGCUGAAUCAAAAGAAGCAGGUGGCCACCAACAAGAUCAAGAUGUUGCCCUUUGUACAGAAUCAGCUCAAGAAGUCUGAUCUGCACGGAAUUUUUUUGGAGUCAGGAAUCCUUGGUGCUAUGACGGAAUGGCUGGCCCCGUUACCAGACAAGAGUUUACCUCACAUCAACAUCAGAGAAGGCUUCCUCAGGAUUCUGCAGCAGUUCCCCGCCAUCCACAGCGACCUGUUGAAGAGCAGCGGUAUCGGCAAAGCCAUCAUGUACCUGUACAAACAUCCCAGGGAAGCCAGGGAGAACAAAGUGGUUGCCGGGAGACUUAUCAAUGAGUGGUCUCGGCCUAUCUUCUCCCUCACCACAAACUUCAAAAACCUGUCCAGAGAGGAGAGAGAGCAGAGAGAUUACGAGCAGAUCCCCAAGAAACGGAGAGUCAGCAUGGAGGGGGCACAGACUCCCCGGAGGGACAUUGACAAGGCUAUGGCAGGGGAGAAAAAAGCUCUGCGACCCGGCGACCCCGGCUGGGUGUACAGAGCCCGAGUCCCGCUUCCCUCCAACAAAGACUACGUGGUCCGACCAAAGACCAACACAGAGUACCAGCCGCCCACCAAGGGUUCGUCGAAGAAACCCAUCAGCCGAUAUGAAAAGCACAAGCGAAGCUUCCUGGAGAAGAAAAAGUACUCCAAAACCCAGAAAGCCGUGGCAAUCAGUAUCGAAGGACGCAACAUGGCUUUGUGAGGACGGGUUCUGGGGGUUUUAUUUUAUUUAUUUUUUUUUCGAUGAGUGUACAUCCAACUGUGUGUGUGCGUGAAUGUGUAUGUGUUUGUGUAUGUGUGUGUGUAUGUGUGUGUGUAUUUGUGUAUGCAAGUGCGAGUGUGUACAUGGGCGUGUGGAAGGCUCGUCUGACUGAAGUGUCUGGGAAGUGUGUGAUGUGCCAUGAAUAUUUCCAGGUUUUUCUUCUUUGAAAUAAACGAUUUUUGGGUUAACAUUAAAAUAAAAAAAAAAAAAAAAAGAUUAUAGCGGGCUUUGGGGUGGGUAUAUUGUUGACGAUAUUUUGAGACCCACUCCCUUUUUUUUGGGUGUAUUUUUCUGCGGUAGAUUUCCUGUACAAUUUUGUUCUAGUUGUAUAGAUAGAUAUCUUCUUCAUCAAAGACAAGAUGGAAAACUGACGUCAGUGAUCAUGGUUUGCUUCUCCUUUUCUCUGUCGGACAUACAAUAAAACAAACAAAACUCUGUUCUUUUCCUCCAUUUUGCAUCAUGUGAUAUAUAUAAUGAGAUUAGUCAUCCUUGCAUGAUGAUUCUGUGUAAUAAAGUUUUUAAAAGCACCAUUCUAAAAUAUUUCAUUUUUAUUAUUAUUGUGUUAAGUUUAGGGGUAGGAGGAGAAGGUAAGGUUUGACGCCCCCACUUUUUGUGUCCAUUUUGUCACCGUCAUAACUCCAUGGAUUGAUAGGAACAUCGUUAUCAUUGUGCUAAACUUGUUUUGUUAUGUUUUGAGAAGACCUGGCAAAAAAUAUCAACAUUGCUGACCUAUAUAUCCAUCUCAUGACUGGAGCAAAAGAGCCCUCCCGAGCACCGUGCGUUCAGGAGGAAACAACUGUACUAAUAACUUAGAAAACUGAAAAACUGACUUGCACCAUGGGUCAUGACGAUGAGGAUGAUGUCUUUGGGGAAGUUUUACUGAACAACUUUGAACAGUGAGUUAGGGGGACAUGUUACUGUACUGUACAACUUUGCACAGUGACGUAGGGGGACAUGUUACUGAACAACUUUGCACAGUGACGUAGGGGGACAUGUUACUGAACAACUUUGCACAGUGACGUAGGGGGACAUGUUACUGAACAACUUUGAACAGUGACUUGGGGGACAUGUUACCGUACAACUUUGAACAAUGUCUUUGGGGGACAUGUUACUGUACUGUACAACUUUGAAGAGGUCUUGUGGGUGGUCAGUCUCAUGUAUUGGUUAUUUUAAUUUUGUGUAUGUUGGAAUAAGUUCUUGCACCAUGACUCUUGAGGAAGAUUUUAACAGGAACAGCAUUGAAAAGUUUUUGUUGGAGUAACUCUUUAGUUUCAGAGGAUUAAUGUGGUUUGCAGAGAUCAGAAGGUUCUUAAUUGUGAGAUAAUGCAGAUAAUGCUUUUGUUAGACAUACAUCAGAUAUAUAUAUAUAUAGGAAAAUUAGUUCAGUUAUUAAAAUUAUAGAACAUUUGUUGAUUUUUGUUUUAAGCGUUUUAAUAGCUUAAGUUUUGGUUUUUUUUUAGAAAUGCAUGUUCCAUUUAUUUCUUGACAAGUCCUGAUUGAGGAAAAUGUUUGUGCCCAUCGAUCAUUUUGUCUUUGUGGUUUUUGUUUUUGUUGGGGUUUUUUUGUUUUCAUUUUUUAUGACAGAUUCUGCUGCAUAUGUUGUAAAUUACUCCAAGUACGGGAAGAAGAAAACUGGCAAAAAACAAAAAAAGUGAAUAAAAUGAUGAUAAUGUCA